AUGAUAACCAGUCACCCUUUUGCAUCGUCCAGCAUUACGGCAAACAGAGCUUCCGCAGAUUGUCUGGCGCUUGACAUUAUUGUCGUCGGUGCUGGAGUGGCUGGACUUUCUUGUGCUUAUACUCUGAGACAGGCGGGCCAUAAUGUUCUCGUUCUGGAAGCAGGAUCUGGGCGGGAAGAGGUUGGAUCUUUCCUCUUAAUCGUCAGGAGCUCUGGUGGAAUACGGAUCCCCCCGAAUAUGUCUCGCAUUUUAUUACAAUGGGGCUUGGGUCCCGACUUGGAUAGAAAGACAUUCGGAAGGUGUCCAAAGAUCUUAUUUCACUCUGGGCACUUCGGGGAUGCGAUUGGUGAACUUUUAUUCCAUGAGAAAGUCAUGAAGGAGUUAGAGGCUGAAGUAUAUCUCUUACAUCAUUCCGAUCUUCUGGAUAUGCUAUACAAGUUGGCGAGUGAUGCUGGCGCACAGUUCCGUUUCGGGGCAUAUGUUGUAGACGUUGACCCGAAGACACCGUCUGUGACUCUAUCAACGGAAGACAGAUUAGAGGCCGAUCUGAUUAUCGGCGCUGAUGGCUACCAAAGCAUCACUCGAUCAGUCCUUCAGCACACUGUCAAGAAAGAUGAUAAUAAUUUUGCCAGUUACAUGUUUACUGUGCCUACUGAAUUAUUCAAGGACGAUGACGAACUCUUACAGCUUGUGAAAAAGCCCACUUGGAAUAUCUGGAUGGGAUCCAAUUGGGCUAUGCUAGGUCAUGCUGUACGAAGGAGUAGUGACUUUGCAGUCACACUGUUUAGGAAGGAAGGUGAUGCAACCGAGCAGCUAGACUGGAGGCGACGGAUACCUGUCCAAGACCUCGACAUUGAACAAUUCAAAUUCGCUCCAAUACCUAAACGCCUCAUAACAUUAGCUACCAGCACUGUUCGGAUUAAAGUCCCCCGGAUAGCUUCAUUACAAUUUUGGUACGAUAAGAAAGGUCACGUUGUCGUUGUCGGCGAUGCAGCGCACAACUUAAAUCCGGGAAGCUCACACAGUGCGGCGUUGGCUGUCGAAGAUGCAGUCGUAUUAGGAAAGCUCCUGUCAAAGGCGAGGGCUAAGAGCGAAACCAAGCGUUUCCUAUCUGCGUUCCAGGAGAUCCGCCAAAAACGAUGCGAGGCCGUGCGUAGUUCGGAACAACAGAAGGUCGCUUUUGCCGCGAUGCCUCCUGGUCCAUUGCGGGAUGCGCGGGACCAGGAGAUGCAAUUUCAAAUGAGGGGUGGUCAUAUGGACUGGGCGGACUCUGAAGAAAGUUACCUGAGGAAGUCCUGGGAGGAGUUUCGAGAUGUAUUUGGGUAUGACGCGUUCGACGAUGCUGACACCUGGUGGGUAGAAUGGGGAGUUCUUUUCGAACGCGUAAAUACGAGGAAGCAGUUGAACGGCGAUUUAUUCAAUGGACAGGUUAUAGUUGAGCAUUCUCGGUACUUGUCUGGGUAG